GCUCAGGAAGCAUGCAGCGCGGCAAUCGGCGGUGCGCUGUGUUCCUCGGACACAGCGGAUCACCGAUCUACGGAAAGCGCCGAAAAUGUCGGCUCGGUCAUGUGAUCAGCUGUGUCCAAUCACAGCUGAUCACAUGGGACACGUAUACUGAUCAUCACCUGUCAGUUUCCAUCAGUGCCAGCUGUCAGUGCUGAACAGUGCCACAUCAAUGCCACAUAUCAGUGCCCAUCUGAGCUGCCUUUCAGUGUCACCCAUCAGUGCCAGUCAGUGCCACCUAUCAAUGCCAAUCAGUGCCACCUAUCUGUGCCAGUCAGUGCCGCCCAUCAGUGCCGCCUAUCAGU